CACUCGCAGCACUGCAGCUGUUUGUACUUAGGCGGGUACCUAAGAUAAUACUAUAAAUUACUUGAAAAAGAAUCAAAUUAAUAAUAAUAAUACGCAAAAAUGGAGCUUGACACCGCCGAAUUGGAGGAUGCGGCGGUCUCUGCUGGCGACGCCACCGUCGAGAGCGGUGCCGGUGGCGGUACAGGUGAGGAAGACGACGAGGUGGUGGUGUUGGAAGACGGCAGCGGAAACAGCGACCAAAUGAGCGAUAAGAAGGCGGCGGCGGACCGAGUGAAAGGGCCGUGGUCGCCGGAGGAGGACGCGAUACUGAGUAGGCUCGUGAGCAAUUUCGGGCCGAGGAAUUGGAGCCUGAUCGCUCGAGGAAUUUCCGGCAGAUCGGGGAAGUCGUGUCGCCUCCGCUGGUGCAAUCAGCUUGACCCUGCCGUCAAACGCAAGCCGUUUACUGAGGAAGAAGAUCGCAUAAUUCUCCAGGCACAUGCUGUCCAUGGAAAUAAAUGGGCAUCAAUUGCAAAGCUUUUGCCUGGAAGAACAGACAAUGCAAUUAAAAAUCACUGGAAUUCUACCUUGAGGCGGCACUAUGCGGCACUUGGAAAGCUUAAGGGUGAGUUUGGUAACAUGGGUGAAGAUGUUAGCCCUGAAAGAUCUAAAGCUUCCUCUGAGGAUACUCAAUCAUGUGGAGACGUCAAUUCAUUGAAGGCUUCUGAGGGAAAAGAUUUCUUCUCGGUUGAAAAUCCAAAUGAUGUACCCUCUGAAGACAAGAACCAGGAUGCAGUUCAAUCUAUUGAAGAACCAAGGGAACCGCCUACUCUGUUCCGCCCUGUGGCGCGUGUAAGUGCUUUUAAUGUUUAUAAUUCUUUGGACGGCCCAGAAGCCUUGUUCUCAGUACCAAGAGUUACUCCUCUACAAGGAUCUUCGCUUCAAGCCACCUCAAAUCCAAAUAUCGGGAUCAGCAAAUUGCUUGAAGGAGCUUUUGGUGAACAAUUGGUUCCUUGUCAGUGUGGCCAUGGUUGCUGUGGAAAUUCACCUCAAGGAAAUCAUAACAGUUCCUUACUGGGUCCUGAGUUCGUUGACUAUUCAGAGUCUCCAUCCUUCCCAAUCCAUGAAUUGGCUGCAUUAGCCACCGACAUAAGUAACGUCGCUUGGCGUAAUAGUGGAUUGGAAAAUGGAAGCAUCAACUUGUUCUCCAAUUCAGCUAGUAGUGUGAUGUGUGGCGCCUCUCAUGCACAAGGAGAAAGUUUGGAGGAGAUGAGGAAGAGCGACCACCAUUCACAGCUUGAAAAGGGCAAGGCAUUGAUGGCAGAUCCAGCUUCAACACCAAUAUCUAGACAACCUCUACAAGUAAAUACUAAAACUUGAAGCACGAGCUAAUCGGGUGAAUUCAUUCGCAUAAUUUGGUAAAAUUUUCAAAGCCACAUGACAAGUAAGUAAUCCAGAAUACAUUAUCGUGUAUUUGAGCCUCUAAUCAGUAAAAUAUCUUGGCCUUGGCCCAUGGCUUAGAGUUGCUCACAAAUUGUUCAAGCUAAAAGCCUAAAACAGUCUUGAGUCCUUGCAUUAACGUGCUGGAGAGAUGGGAUUUGCAUGGUUGUUGUGCCUUAACAAGAACAACAUACUACAUUUUUUAGUUGUUUUCAGAUUUUCAUUUUCUUUGAAAGCAUUUAGCCAAAGGUUGCGGUGGUAGAAAUGUAGAAUGGAAUAACUUGGUACAUUUUUGCUUUUGCUUC